AUGCUCAAAAGGAACUUAACGGGUGUCAGCGAGUGGAGGCUGGAGCUCAAAGAGUACGACCACAAACAAACCGCUCACCGCCUCGUUUUCAUCCGAACCAGGAAUCUCCGUCACAAUGGCCCCGUGGGACCUCUCAAGGUCGUUCUGCUUGAUAUUGAGGGGACCGUUUGUCCUAUCUCCUUCGUGAAGGAUGUCCUGUUUCCGUACGCACUCCAGGCGCUCUCGCAGGAUCUUGACUCUAUUUGGGAGAAUCCUACUUUUGCGCAGUAUAGGCAGGCUUUCCCACAAGAGUUUUCCUCGGACCAGGAGGCUUUCAAGGCCCAUGUUCAGGACCUUGUUGCAAUGGAUCUGAAAGUUCCGUACCUUAAAGCUCUGCAAGGCUAUCUCUGGGAAGAGGGCUAUCGGACUGGGAAGCUCCGAGCCCCCUCUUCGACGAUGUCGGCCCCGCCCUAG